UCUGUUACUCUGCGCGUACGCAGGCGAAGAACGGACUCUUCGAUUUUGGACAAAAACUACAGCGGCUGCGCUCUCGUUCCCCUCAGCCCUCUCCCCACCUCGCGCGCUCUACCUCCAGUGAUGACUCAUUGGCUUGUGCGGCGCCGCCACUGCCAUGGUUUGGCGCUCAUUCAUGCCAAGUUGUUGAGUCAUGCGUAUGAGGUUUGCCAAACGCCGGCUGAGCUACCACCAUAUCACUAUACCUAG